UCAGAUCAGUGUGCCACCUCUCCUUGAAGCGAACACUGAUCACUAAACACUCCUUUUCGCCACGCAGCGCUGCUCACCCGCCGCCUUCGAACACUACAACCCACCCUCUCCUCACUGUCCUCUGUCUACUGCUGUGAAUAAUAAAUCACACUAUGAAACACUUCUUCAGAUGGAAGGUGUUCGUGAUGGCCGUGCUGGCGAUGGCGAUGCACCUGCUCACCCUGCUGCUGCACGAGUCACUCCCUGCCUCACUCCUCAGCCAGGCAAUCACUGGAGAACCUGAGUUUGCCAUUGUGGUCUGCCGUGAUAAGAAUGGCAGUGAAAAGGAUGCAACGGGUUUCCAGAGACAGCUUCGCCAAAUCUCUGUUCUCCUGAAGUCUGCAGCUUCUCUCACCUCCGAAACUCUGAUAUUCAACAUCGUGGCGGAUUCCUACGCGACGUACGAGACAGUGACGAACCUCACCGCGAGCUGGCCCGCCGCCUACAGACAACGCGUAGUGUUCGACGAUUUUAAGGAAGUGUUCUUCCCGCCCGGUACUAAGAAGCUGAGGAACUUGUUUCGGCCGUGCGCCAUAGGGAAGCUGUUCCUGGCGCAGACCUUCGAGGACAAGGACGCCAUGGUGUUCCUGGACACGGACACACUCUUCCUCAUGCCCCCCGAGAACCUCUGGCGUAAAGUGUACGAAUUCAACCCCCACCAGGUCAUUGGCAUCGCGCCCUGCCUCUACAUGUGCGGCCCGAUGUUCAAGAAGUUCCCCUUGUACGGGUCGAGUGGCCUCAACACUGGGGUGCUGGUGAUGAACCUCACCAGGGUGCGGGCCUUCGAGGGCGGAUGGACGGAGAACAUCAUACCCAUCAUGGAAGAAUACAAGACCAAGCUGAAGCUCGCAGACCAGGACAUCCUCAACAUUCUCUUCAGUAAUGAGACUACGGCCAAGCAUCUGUACGAGCUGGGGUGUGAGUGGAACUACCGGGAGAGGCUGUGUUCCAUGGGCAGCAGCAAGUGCAAGCGUGCCCAACAGCUUGGGGUGGGUCUGCUGCACGGGGCUGCCCUCACCUUUGUCAACGGCAGGGAGAAGAAAUUUCAGAUGAGGUUUGUGUAUAAGAUAUUGUGCGUGCUGGCCGUGAUGGCGAUGGCGGUGCCCCUAAUCACCCUACUGCUGCACGAGUCACUCUCCACCUCACUCUUCAGAAAGGCAAUCAUUGAAAUGCCUGAAUUUGCCAUCGUGGUCUGCCGUGAUAAGAAUAACAGUCAAAGGAGUGCAAGGAAUUUCCAGAGACAGCUUCGCCAAAUCUCUGUUCUCCUGAAGUCUGCAGCUUCUCUCACCUCCGAAACUCUGAUAUUCAACAUCGUGGCGGAUUCCUACGCGACGUACGAGACAGUGACGAACCUCACCGCGAGCUGGCCCGCCGCCUACAGACAACGCGUAGUGUUCGAUGAGUUCAAGAAAGUGUUCUUCCCGCCCGGUACUAAGAAGAUGAAGAACUUGUUUCGGCCGUGCGCCAUAGGGAAGCUGUUCCUGGCGCAGACCUUCGAGGACAAGGACGCCGUGGUGUUCUUGGACACGGACACACUCUUCCUCAUGCCCCCCGAGGACCUCUGGCGUAAAGUGUACGAAUUCAACCCCCACCAGGUCAUUGGCAUCGCGCCCUGCCUCUACAUGUAUGGCCCGGGAUUCAAGAAAUUCCCCACGUACGGGUCGAGUGGCCUCAACACUGGGGUGCUGGUGAUGAACCUCACCAGGGUGCGGGCCUUCGAGGGCGGAUGGACGGAGAACAUCAUACCCAUCAUGGAAGAGUACAAGACCAAGCUGAGCCUCGCAGACCAGGACAUCCUCAACAUUCUCUUCAGUAAUGAGACCACAGCCAAGCAUCUGUACGAGCUGGGAUGCGAGUGGAACUACCGGGAGAAGCUGUGUUCCAUGGGCAGCAGCAAGUGCAAGAGUGCCCAACAGCUCGGGGUGGGUCUGCUGCACGGAGCUGCCCUCACCUUUGUCAACGGCGUGGAGAAGAAAUUUCGGAGUACCAGUACCAAGCACUGUCCUCCCUUUGUAUGGAUUCAAGGCCUUGCUGUGUCAACCCAUCAACUCUAUUGUGGCAGAGUUUUACAGCCACCAAGGGCAUUGCCUUCCAUCUGUUCCUCUCCCUGCAGCUUCUAUACAGCAAGGCGCAGGGUCUGCACGCCUGCACCUCCUGAAGCAGGCCAUGGAUCCUCUGAAGGGCCUUCCCCUCCUUUGCUGCCUGUUGGUCCUUCAAGUCUUGGUACAGGUCCAGGAACAUGCGUAGCCACUCCUUGAGGUGGAACACAGAUGCCUGGUUGGUCUUGGCAGAACAGGGGGAUGAUGUCAUCAAAGGACACUUGUUGCUCUGGCCGGAACUCCUCAGAGAAGUGCUGGCUCACCUCUGAAAUGAAUGAGAGAGAUUGUUAAGGCUUAUUUACUUAUUUCAUCUAUUUAUUUUUCAAGGGAAUAAUCUUAUUUUAAAGGGGCACAGGGUAAGUAAAAUAUAUAUGAUAUACGUAUGAAG